UAUUACUUACCCAUAACCGAUUUUGAUGAAAAUUUUUGUGAACCAGGUAGAACAGGUAUUGAGGAAUGUCAUGGAAAUAUUAUUUUCCCAGUUUUGAUUUAAGAAGUUGCUUAAAUUCUGCUGACAAGUGAGGGUUCGUGAUUACAGCCGAAGAGCCAAUGUUGGAAUAAAGUCAAGUUUUAUGCGAUAACAUGAAAAUAAGUUAAUAUUUGUAUUAAAUCAUCAAUAGGAACUUGUUCGACUGCCGAGGAACGAUGAUAUUUGAUGAUAAAUUGCAUCGGCAAGUCGAGAAUACCGGCUCAGUUUAUGGGCAUCAGCACAGCUCCAACAAUGAGCCAGCUGAGUGAGGAAAUAAGCUGCAUCAGCUGCACUGAGUCCAGUCAGGACUCAGCAAUGCCAGCCACCUCCGAGGGCUCAGAUGGCGAAACCCCAUCAUCGCCAGACCCAAACAGCCUGAUAAGCUACUCCAAGGCAGCCAGCUACUGGGACGGCGUGCCUGCCUCGGUGAACGGGAUGCUGGGGGGACUGGGUCAGGUCUCCAGCCUGGACAUCAGGACAUCAGAUGAACUGCUUACAGCUAUCUGGAAGCGUCCGAAUGCUCCGGGCCGGGAGCGCGCGCUGGACUGCGGCGCCGGGAUCGGACGCAUCACGCGUCUCCUGCUCAGCAGAAGGUUCCAGACGGUCGACGCCGUCGAGCAGUGCGCCAAGUUCGUCGAGGCGGCGCGGACGGCGCUGGCUGACAACCCGCAUGUUGGAGAAAUCUACUGUGCAGGCCUGCAGGAGUUCACCCCUCAGCCCGACUUCUAUGAUGUCAUCUGGUGUCAGUGGGUGCUGGGACACCUCACUGAUGACGACCUGGUCCAGUUCUUCACCAGAUGCGCACGCGGCCUUCGUCCCAAUGGGGUCAUCAUUGUCAAAGAGAACCUGGCAUCAGGCUCGGAGCCGGAAUACGACGCUACAGACUCUAGCGUGACCCGUCCUCGCGCGCUACUGGAAGCCAUCUUCGAGAGGGCCGGUCUGAGCAUCAGUUCGACAAGAAAACAGAACGGGAUGCCCAGGGGACUGUAUGAGGUGAGGAUGUUUGUGUUGAGGCCGGUGGAGGUGGCGGUAGACAGUUCAAGUUGAGAUGGGGAGGAAGAGAGGGAGGGAGGGGAGGGGAUAUAAAGCGUGUAGAGCUUGUGCCAGAGAGCUGAACAUCCGCAGCCCAGACAUAUCAAUCCCCCUCCAAGAAAGAUACCUGAGUAUUGAGACGCGAGGAGAUGGUUGAAACGAACGAUUACAGAAAACUGAGAUAGCAGUUUUCCGUGAACUGCCGAGUGUGGCUUGUGACUGAGUUCAUAGAUGUUGUUCAAUGUUGAGUAAAGCGGUAAGCUGGCAGAUAGGCAUUUAGCAGUACUGCCAACAUGAGAGAAGAUCGAUAUUUUUUUAGGCGUGUACGUCACUGCACAUACUGGGAUCCUGCCAUGCUUCUGGUAACAGUGUAUGAUUAUGUAUUGAGUGUUUUGGACACCGUUUUGCACGUUUCGCUGUGUUUGCUAUGAAUCGAAUCAGGAUCUGGCCGUGAUUGAUCAACAAUCAUGGUAUUGGCCGUUGACCUUGCCCUGCUGUGUGGGUUUUAAACCCGUGUGAUUUUUACGUUAGUGUUGAGCACGCCUCCCAAUAGAGAAUCUGUCAUUU